AUGCGUGUCUUGCAGUCGUUUGAUCCCAACCCGACUGGCGCAGCGUGCGAGUCGCUGCGCGGCGGCGUCGCCGUCGGCGCCAUCACCCACGGCGUCCUGCGCGUCGACGACAUUGUCGAGCUCCGCCCCGGACGCUUUGUCCGGGAUCCGGUGAGCAAGCGACUUCGCUGUACGCCGCUACGCACGCGCAUCACGGCGCUCACGGUCGCGAGCACGGCAGUUACCGAGGCCGGUCCGAGCGCGCUCGUUCGCAUCGCGACGACGCUCGACCCGACGCUUGCACGGGCGCACCGGCUCAUGGGACAAGUGCUUGGUCUCCCCGGGACGCUGCCACCCAUCUACAUGGCGCUCACCGUGGUUAUGGGUGUCGGCGCCCGCUCGAUUUGUGCCAAGGAUGUUGUGCGCGUUCACAUUGGCGCCACGACGGUCGACGCGACAGUCGUGUCGCUGGCGACCGACCGCGUCCAGCUCGUGCUCGCUGCGCCUGUGUGUGCUCACGCAGGCGAAGCCAUUGUGCUCACGCGCCGACGCCACGCCCGGUGGCAGACGCUGGGCCAUGGCACGCUGGCGGAAGGCGAAGUGGCCGACAUGGCGGACGCCUGACUCGCAGCUGCCUCGUGUUGCAUGUCUCGCCGCCAUUCUUGCCCACGACGACGCUGGUCGAUAAGACGAGCAACACGAUGGCGCGUCGAU